CUCAGCUCCGAACACGGAACCAUGGCACUGAUGCUGCGGCGGUCGUUGACCACUUCAAAAUGAACACUCCUCCAUCUACAUGCAGUUCUGGGAAAUCUACGCCGUUCAAAAAGGACAAUAACAGAUCCAGGAUGCAGUCUUUUGCCCUUCCCGUCGACCCGGCAGACCUGCAGUUGGGUGAUCCGCUACCUCCUAAUGACCCGCACGCCAUCUCUGUCCACCUCCCAACCUGGAACGACAGUCUCGGAUGGGUUACGAAAGACCCCUCGGUCUUGCAAGCCAUGAAAACCGGUUACCCGCGCUUCUUCACCCCGAGGGUGGUUGAUCAGUUGGGGCGAAGACUGGCGCGACACUUGGGUGUGGGGGAUGAUGGAGCGCCUAUGAUGUUCGCGUCCAGGACGUGGGCUGAGAUGUUCAGGAGGUACAUGGGUGAGGAGCUUCUCGCGGGUGGUAGAGUGUGGGGAGUCAGGUGGGAUGGUGGAGCGGUUUAUUCAGAUGACGAUGAGACGGGGACUUAUUUGUGGUUGGCGGUUGUUGUUGGUGAGCCCAAGGGUGCUGAGGUGUCUAAAGCACGGAGAUUUUGGCAACACACUGGAUAUGGCAUCUCGAGUCGGAGGGCGGUGUUUUGGUUGGACAGGGCAUCCUUUCUGAAUAGGGAGUCGUGUCGAGAAGGACACGAGUUAGCCAAUGGGAUACAACAGAACGGGUUCCAUUUAGAUGGAGAUACCUGCGUUGGGGACUCUGUUGACCAGGCCAAGCAGGACAUAUCAGACCAGAUUGCAGGUCUGCUAUCCGAUGGAGACAUGGUCCUUAGGAAAGAUGAUGUGCUGUUGUAUCCAGGAGGAAUGGCUGCUAUUUCGGAGCUGAUAGCAACCAGAACGGAUCCAGGGACUUCAUUGGAAAGCGGAGAUAGCAAGAAGCCCAACGUGGCUGUUUUUGGGCAAGUUCCGUUGCAGUCCUUCUACCUACCCAAGAUGUUGUGGUCGUCUAACCUGUGA